AUGAAGCUCGUACUUUUCCUGUCUCUUCUUGUUACACGAUUUACCGCCUGCCUCCCAUUCACUCCACGCAAUACACUAAAUAAUGGCACGGCAGAAACAUACGAUUAUGUGGUGGUCGGAUGUGGAAUUGCUGGGCUGGUGGUCGCCGCGAGGCUGAGCGAGGAUCCCACCGUCUCUGUGGUGUGCAUCGAAGCUGGCUCUCUUGACAACUAUGAAGACUCGAUCGAGAUCCCUGUCUACAUCGGCGAGCGGCCCGCAGAAUACGAAUGGGACGUUUCCACGACACCACAACGCCAACUCGACGGCAAGCCCCGUGUGCUCGCCAUGGGCAAGGGCGUCGGCGGCGGCAGUCUGAUCAACGGCAUGUUAUGGAACCGCGGCGACCAGAACGAUUUCAACAUCUGGGCCGUAUUGGGAAAUCCGGGGUGGGACUGGGCGAACCUGUUGCCAUACUUUAAAAAAUCCGAGCACUACACGCCGCGAUAUUACCAAGGUCUCGAAAGCCAGCCUGUCACGUUCGUUGAGGGUAUGCACGGCUUUUUCGGACCGGUCAAUGUGUCGUAUCCGGAAUACUUUUGGCCACAGACAAAUAACUGGUUCGAAGCCCUCGAAGCCCUGCAUAUCCCGACCUGCGCCGACCCCAACGACGGACUGCCCUGCUCUGGGAGCUACUUCCUGCCCUCGUCGCUCGACUCGGUCAAUCAGACCCGCUCGGAUGCGCGCAGGGCAUACCACGACAUGGCUUCCGGCCGUGCCAAUUAUUAUCUGAUCACCCAUGCCCGGGUCGAACGGGUUCUCUUUGAUAGUGAAGGUGAUGGGAACUCGAACUCAACAAGAACAGGUCCUGGGGGAGCUGCCGUGAGGGCAGUGGGCGUCCAAGUAUUAAACCUCCUCGAUAACACGACGUGUACCGUCCAAGCAACAAGAGAAGUGGUCCUCGCGGCUGGCGGCAUUCACACUCCGCAGGUUCUCGAGUUAUCCGGCAUAGGCAACGCGAGUCUGUUGGCGUCUCUUGGAAUCUCUGUUGUGCAAGAUCUACCCGGGGUGGGCAGCAAUUUGCAGGAUCAUCCCAUGAUUCAUCUGGACUAUCCAUUUCAAAACACAUCCGUCCCGACUCCAGGGUGGCUCCUCACGAAUUCAAGCUUCAACUCAGCGGCCGAACUCGAGUAUUUCUCCUCGCGCACGGGACCAUGGACAUCCAAGCCCUCCACGGCAGUUGCAUUCCCCUCCCUCGCCGAGAUGACAAAUUCCACACACUGCAUCUCCCUCAUUCGCGACGCGAUGGAAUGCUUCGGACUGCAGCCGAACUUGUCCACAUUGCCGCCGGAGUACUACUACAGCGACCCCCUGUGCGCGGAUCAAAGCGGCGGCAACCUCACGGUCCUGGAAGUCGGGUACGGCAUGCAGCACAAUCUGGUCGCCGCAUCACUGCUCCUCAACACCACGCCCGCGUACGAGAUCCUCAACGACAACUCUGGCGGGCUGGAUCUGGCGCUCAUGCACCCUCUAUCCAGGGGCACCGUGCACAUCACAUCCCCCGACAUCCGCGUGGAUCCGUCAGUGAACCCAAAUUGGCUCAGCCACGCCGUCGACUUUGAGAUCUUGGUGCUUGCCGUACGCUUCAACCAGCGCAUCCUCUCCACCUGGUCUAUGGACUGUUUGGAGCCGGCGUUCGCCCCAGAUCCGCAGGGGAGUAUUGAGCGAAACGUGACGCGUGAGCAGAUCGAGUCCAUGCUCCGUCAGGGUAUUGGGACCGAGUUCCACUACGCCGGGACGGCUGCGAUGCUCCCGCGCGAGGUUGGUGGCGUGGUCGACACGAACCUCACUGUCUAUGGCACGCAAAAUUUGAGAGUUGUUGAUACGUCCGUGUUUCCUGUCAUCCCUGGCGCGCAUUUACAGGCUGUCGCGUACGCUGUGGCUGAGAGGGCUAGUGAUAUUAUCAAGGGCGUUGCUGUUGACGUUAACGCCGGUGUAGGGGGACCAGUGUAA